UCGGCCGCCGGGUCCCGCAGGCCCCGCAGCUUCAGGGUUGCGGCUCCGGUUAGUAGCUGUCGGGCCCGCACCUCCUCGCGCCUGGACGCGCCCAGCCCGCCCUGCUUUCCUGCGUCUCCGUCCAGAUCCCAUAAUGCCUUCCGAGACACCCCAGGCAGACGCGGGGUCUGCAGCGUGCCCCCACCUCUCAGGGGCACACCUGGGCAAAGGGAGCCUGGAGAAGGGGCCCCCUGGGGACAAAGAAGCCAAGGAGCGCCUGUGGAUCCGUCCUGAUGCCCCAAGCAGGUGCUCCUGGCAGCUGGGCAGGCCCGUCACGGACUCUCCGCAUCACCACACUACCUUGGCAAAAUCCCCCAAAAUCUUGCCAGAUAUCCUGAAGAAAAUUGGAGACACCCCCAUGGUGAGAAUCAACAAGAUUGGGAAGAAGUUUGGCCUGAAGUGUGAGCUCUUGGCCAAGUGCGAGUUCUUCAAUGCGGGCGGGAGUGUGAAGGACCGCAUCAGCCUGCGGAUGAUUGAGGACGCCGAGCGGGCCGGGACGCUGAAGCCCGGGGACACCAUCAUUGAGCCGACGUCCGGGAACACAGGGAUCGGGCUGGCCCUGGCUGCCGCCGUGAAGGGUUACCACUGCGUCAUCGUGAUGCCGGAGAAGAUGAGCACCGAGAAGGUGGACGUGCUGCGGGCCCUGGGGGCGGAGAUCGUGAGGACACCCACCACCGCCAGAUUUGACUCCCCCGAGUCGCACGUGGGGGUGGCGUGGAGGCUGCGAAACGAGAUCCCCAAUUCUCACAUCCUGGACCAGUACCGCAAUGCCAGCAACCCCCUCGCUCACUACGACACCACCGCCGAGGAGAUCCUGCAGCAGUGUGAGGGGAAGCUGGACAUGCUGGUGGCUUCGGCAGGCACAGGCGGCACCAUCACGGGCAUCGCCAGGAAGCUGAAGGAGAAAUGCCCAGGGUGCAAAAUCAUCGGGGUGGAUCCCGAGGGCUCCAUCCUUGCAGAGCCCGAGGAGCUGAACCGGACGGAGCAGACGGCGUACGAGGUGGAGGGGAUCGGCUACGACUUCAUCCCCACGGCGCUGGACCGGUCGGUGGUGGACAAGUGGUUCAAGAGCAAUGAUGAGGAGGCCUUCGCCUUCGCCCGCAUGCUGAUCGCGCAGGAGGGUCUGCUGUGCGGUGGCAGCGCGGGCAGCGCCAUGUCGGCGGCCGUGAAGGCUGCCCAGGAGCUGCAGGAGGGCCAGCGCUGCGUGGUGAUCCUGCCCGACUCCGUCCGCAACUACAUGUCCAAGUUCCUGAGUGACAAGUGGAUGCUGCAGAAGGGCUUCCUGAAGGAGGAGGACUUCACGGUGACCAAGCCGUGGUGGUGGCACCUCAGAGUGCAGGAGCUGAGCCUGUCGGCUCCGCUGACCGUGCUGCCCACGGUCACCUGUGAGCACACCAUCGAGAUCCUGCGUGAGAAGGGCUUCGACCAGGUGCCCGUGGUCGACGAGUCAGGGGUGAUCCUGGGGAUGGUGACCCUGGGGAACAUGCUGUCAUCCCUGCUCGCCGGGAAGCUUCAGCCGUCAGACCAAGUUCAGAAGGUCCUCUAUAAGCAGUUCAAGCAGAUCCGCCUGACGGACCCACUGGGCAAGCUCUCGCACAUCCUGGAGAUGGACCACUUCGCCCUGGUGGUCCACGAGCAGAUCCAGUCGCAGGACCUGGCCUUAUCGGGCGUGGUGGGGGGGCCUGCAGACCACAGCAACGGCAGGUCCAGUAAGAGGCAGAUGGUGUUCGGGGUCGUCACUGCCAUCGACUUGCUGAACUUCGUGGCUGCUCGCGAGCGAGAGCAGAAGACCAAGUCAGGACCUGCCGGGGCCACGGCACAGCUCUGACAGCCCCCACGCCGCCGGCUGGUGUCCAUCCUCUCUUGCUUUUGUCUGAGCACACGGACGUGACUUGCCGCUGCCUGACACUGGGCACUGCUCUAACAGGAUGCUUAGCCUGGGGCCAGCAGGAAUGUUUGUUUUCCCUUUAUUAGCACCUGGCUACCUAAAUGAGUCUAUUUAUGGUGUAUUAGAGUAGAUGUGUUUUUCUUUAACUUUCUUCUAAAACGUUUCACCACAACAGUCUUAUUAAGUAGAGCUCAGCCAGGUGGAGGAAUCCAUGUGAGGAUAGGAGCCGGGUGGGUGAAAGCAGCUGCAGGUGCCUCUUCUGGGGAAGAAUCCAGAACCAGCAGCAGCAGAAAGGGGCUGGGGGAGCGUGGGUCAGUGUCUGCUUGGGGCUGGUCGGUCAGAGCGACUCGAGUGUUUGGGGUUUUUUUGAUGGAGGUAAAAUUCCCAUAACCUUACAUCAACAGUUUAAAAAUGUGAUGUUCUCGGGGUCAUGUAGCCAGGUCCCAGUGCGUGUUAUCACCUCCUCUCCCGGCCACCGCCACUCUGCUUUGUGUCUGCGUGGGUGUAUCUGUUUGGGAUCCAUCAUAUAAAUGGAAUCCUACAGUCUGGCUUUCUGUGUCUGGCUCAUUUCACUCAGCACGAUGUUUCUGGAGUUCGCCCACACUGUAGCAAGGGUCGGUUCUUCACUCGUUUUACGGCUGAAUCAUGUUCCCUUGCGCAGAUGGAUGUUGUGUUUAUCCCUUCACCCACGAGGGACGGACGUUUGGGUGGUUUCUGCCUCUCACCUGUUAGGAACUGUGCUGCCACGAACCUUUGUGUAUAAGUAUUUGUUUGAAGAUCUGUUUUGAAUUCUUUUGGUUCUAUACCCGGGCCUGAAAUUGCUGGUCACGUGAUAAUUCCACGUGUGAUUUUUUUUUUUUGAGGGACUGUUCCCCAGCGGCUGCCCCCGGCUUACAUCCCCACCAGCCACGCACAAAGAUUCCAGUUUCUCCACGUCCUUGUCCACAUUUGUUAUUCCCUAGUUUUGGGGGGUUUCUGUGUAUUUGCUUUAUAACCACGAUGGUAUGAAGUGGCAUCUCAGGGUUUUGAUUUGCAUUUCCCUAAUGACUAAUGAUGCUGAGCAUCUUUUUAUGUGCUUUUUGGUCAUUUUGUGUAUCUUUGCAGAAAUGCCUAUCCAAGUUCCUUACCCAUUCUCAAAUCGGGUUGUCUUUUGUUGUCUAGCUGUAGGAGUUCUUUAUAUACUCUAGAUACUAGACCCUUAUCAGAUACGUGAUUUGCAAAUAUUUUCUCCCCUUCUGUGGGGUAUCUUUUCCCUUUCUUGAUAAUGACUUUUAGUGUACAACAUUUUAAACUUUAAUGAAGUUCAGUUUAUUUUUUUCUUUUGUUACACCUUUGCCUUGUAUAUACGAACCCAUUACCAAAUCCAAAGUCAUGAAAUUUUACACUGGUUUUCUUCUAAGACUUUUAUAGUUUUAGCUGUUAUAUUUGGUUCAUUAACCCGUUUUAAUUUUUAUACAUGGUGUGAGGUAGGGAUCCAACUUUUUUUUUUUUUUUUUGUAUGUGGAUGUCUAUUUGUUAAAGAGCGAUUAUCCCCCGUUGAAUGGUCCUGGCACUCUUGGUGAAAAUCAAUUGUCCAAGGUGGAAGUGUUUUCUUCUGGACUCUGAAUUCUACUCAUUGGUCAACAGAUCUGUCUCUAGGCCAGUACCACACUGUUCUUGAUGACUAUAGCUUUGUAGUAAGUUUUGAAAUCAGGAACUGUGAGCCCUCCAGCUUUGUUCAUUUUUAGUAUUAUUUUGGAAAUCAUGAUGUAUCUUGAUGUAUUUUUUUCUUCAUGUUUCUUGUACUUGGAAUUCUUUGAGCUUCUUGAAUUCCAAUAUUUGACUAGAAAUAGUUGCAGAAAGAAAAGAGAAAGCAGGGAAAGAAAUCACCAGUGAAAUAAUUCAAGAACCUUCCCAGACUGAGAGACAUGGUUUUGUAGGUUGAGAGGGCCCAUCCAGUACCCAGCACGACGGAUGGGGGGACUCUCACAGGGAACCUCACUGUGAAAUGUUAGCUCACUAGGGACAGGAUCCAAAAGCAGCUUCCAGAGGUGGGUGGGGAAACCCAGCUCACCUAGAAAGUACUGGGAAUGAGAAAAGCAUCUGAUUUGAUGUCUAGCUUGUGGAGGCUGGGAGACAAGGGAGCGGAGCCUAAAAACAUCUGGAAUGGGAAGGAAUAUAGGCCAAGCCCUCCCUUAACAGCAAGAUGGGGAUGCAGAUAUUUCUACCCAGGGACUGGAAGAGGUGCUCCCCAGGUCCUCAGGGGCACCCCAGAAUGGUAGGGAAGGCAGGUCCCCUGACAGAGGGCUGGUUAGCCAUGGACUGCAGCAGGACAGAGGGCUCCAGGGGAUGCUUUGAGGGGGAGGGAACAUCAGAGGCCUACAAACAUUUGAGUCACAAGCCUCCUAGAAAGUAGGGGUUGCUUUAGGCAAAUUUGAAUGCCUAAAGGCAAUUUGAAUGAAGGCUAGACCGUUGACCCUUGAACAGCACAGGGGUUAGGGGUGCCAACCCCCCUCCUCCUGCAGUAAAAAAUCUGCAGCUUUUUGUUCCUCAGAAACUUAACUGCUGGGGCGCCUGGGAAGCUCAGCUGGUUAAAUGUCUGCCUUAGGCUCAGGUCACGAUCCCAGGGCCCUGGGAUCGAGUCCCACAUCAGGCUCCCUGCCCAGUGGGGAGUCU